AUGGCUGGCAUCCAAAGAAUCGCAAUCAGCUUGCUGCUGAUUGCCACGUUCGCAUUCGUCUUCCUCGCCCAGACCGCCGAAGCGCAGAAGGGACCCAAGAUCACCAAGAAGGUCUUCUUCGACAUUACCGUGGAUGGCGAGGACCAGGGCAGGAUCGUCAUUGGUCUUUAUGGAAACACUGUGCCAAAGACCGUCGAGAACUUCCGUGCUCUCGCAACUGGUGAGAAGGGCUUCGGAUACGAGGGCUCUGGCUUCCACCGCGUGAUCAAGGAGUUCAUGAUCCAAGGCGGCGACUUCACCAAAGGCGACGGCACCGGCGGCAAAUCCAUCUACGGCGACAAGUUCGCCGACGAGAACUUCAAACUGAAGCACAGCAAAAAGGGCCUCCUCAGCAUGGCCAACGCGGGCAAAGACACCAACGGCUCGCAGUUCUUCAUCACGACCGUCAAAACCCCCUGGCUCGACAACCGCCACGUCGUCUUCGGCGAGGUCCUCGAGGGCUACGACAUCGUCGAGAAGAUCGAGAACCAGCCCAAGGACGGCCGCGACAAGCCGAACAAGGACGUCAAGAUCAAGAAGAGCGGGGAGCUGGAGGUCCCGGAUGAAGGUAUACGGGCGGAGUUGUAG